GCAAAACAGUAAAACAGCUGAUUGCUGAUUGUUGUCAUAUGGUCGAUUAUGAAACAAAAACACAUAUAAACGAAGUGGUGAUAAAAGAAAAAUUAAGAAAAUUUGCUGUUAUGAAUAAAAUCGCAAUACGCGCGUACAUCAAAGAAGCACAUAAUUUAAGUUAAAAUUUCAACGCGCACUAAAAAUGUCAACAAAAGUAGUGGCUACAGCAACGGUGCGUGCACUGAAAGGACGCAAAUUGUUGCCAACACGCGCCGCCCUUACACUUACGACUGCGGCAGUAGAACGCAUUAGAGAAUUGUUGAAAGCUAAGCCAGAAUUUACAGGUUUGAAGGUGGGCGUAAGGCAGCGGGGUUGUAACGGACUUUCUUAUACGUUGGAUUAUGCCAAAGAAAAAGCAGAUAAAUUUGAUGAAGAGGUGGUGCAAGACGGUGUCAAAGUUUUUAUAGAUAAGAAGGCGCAAUUGUCAUUACUUGGCACCGAAAUGGAUUUCGUGGAGUCCAAACUAUCCAGCGAAUUCGUUUUCAAUAAUCCAAAUAUAAAAGGUACCUGUGGAUGCGGCGAAUCAUUUAGCUUCUGAAUAUAUAGAUGUGGCAAACAGAAUGGCGUUAAUAGAAAAUAGGAAAGGAAUUUAGAUUUUAUUAGCAUAAGAUUACGUAGAAAACCAAAAACUAACUAUAAUAUAUUUUCUACGUGCCCUUAUGCACUAUUCUGCUAUAAAUUAGUUUACAAAUUUCGUUUAAGUGCUAGUUUCGAUAUUAUGUCUCGUUCAUAUAAUUUAAAACACGGUAAAGAUAUUUAAAGAUGUUAGUUGAAUAAUUCAUUGAAAAUAAAGCGCAGCUUUGAACGCUUCA